AUGGCACACGAAACUAUACCUCUCACAGCCCGGGAGGCGGCGUCGGGUCUUCUAGGCUCGGUCUCCAUGACCUGCUGGAUUUUCCUUCUGGUCCCGCAACUCAUUGAAAACUAUCGCAAUGGAAAUGCCGAAGCUAUAUCCCUUCUGUUCGUCUUCGUUUGGUUUGUUGGCGACAUCGCAAACUUAGCCGGCGGUCUCAUGGCCGGGCUCGUUCCCGUCAUUGUCGCGAUCGCAGUAUACUUCUGCAUCGCAGACGGCGUGUUGAUCGCGCAAUGCCUAUACUACAAGGCGCGUACACGCGAGCCUGCCCAUCGUCGACGCUCGUCCACGGAGACUCCUGACCCGACAACUCCGCUGCUGGGGCGGCGCUUCAGCGAUUCCUUGCAAGAGUCGCGGCGCCGGUCGUCGGGCUCGCAGCGUGGACACCAAGGUCGACGUGAGAGCCAGGUUGAGGACACUCUCGCCAAGAUUGUGGAGGAGAAUGAUUUUGGUCGCAAAGCGUGGUUCAAGAACUUUGCUAGCGUUGUUGGUAUUUUCGUCAUUGGAAUGGCCGGCUGGACGAUGGCCUGGCAGACAGGGAUGUGGGAGCCUGCGCCAAUUGAGAGCAACAAUCCUUCUGAUGAGGCCACCGGGGGCUUAGUGCUGGGUUACUUCAGCGCAUUGUGCUACCUGGGAGCGAGAUUGCCCCAAAUCUACAAAAACUAUAGCGAAAAGUCUUGUGAAGGACUGUCGCUCCUAUUCUUCAUCCUCUCUCUUUUGGGCAAUUUGACCUAUGGUGCGGGUAUCCUCUUCCACUCCACAGAGAAGGAAUACUUCCUUACCAAUCUCCCGUGGUUGAUUGGCUCCUUGGGAACCAUGUUUGAAGACGUGAUCAUCUUCAUCCAAUUCCGGAUCUACGCUGCCCAAGAACCUCAACCGUCAGCAGUUAUUUAA